UCGGGGUCGUUGUGCUGAAAGUGCUCCGUGGACGUUAGAUAAGGCCGGAGUGCCGCCCAGAAGGUGGGAGCUGUUUCUGAACGUGGCCAGCGGGCUGCAGCACUGACUGUACAGCGAGCCUGUCAAACACAAGCAACACAGCCAACAUGGCGGACUGGGACGCUGACAACUUCGAGCCGGAGGAACCGAUUAAAAAGGCGGCAGCGCUGGACAAAUGGGAAGGCGAGGACGAAGAUGAAGAUGUUAAGGACAACUGGGACGAUGAUGAAGAAGAUGAAGAGAAAAAAACAGAUGUGAAGAAACCAGAGCCAAAGGUUUCUGAAAAGAAAAAGCUUAGUGAAAAGAUAAAAGAGAAAGAAAACCGGAUGAAGAAGAAACAACAGGAGGCAAUGGAACAGCAAGAAGAAGAACAGCUCACUCCUGAAGAACAGCUGGCAGAAAAAUUAAGAGUGAAGAAAUUACAGGAAGACGCAGACUUGGAGCUAGCAAAAGAUGCUUUUGGUGUUGGCAGCACUUCAAACAGUGUCACGGGAAUUGAUGCCAUGUGUCCAUCUUCCAAAGAAGACUUCACAGAGUUUGAAAAAAUGCUAAAAGAAAAGAUAACCCAGUUUGAAAAAUCUGUGCAUUAUUCAAGUUUCUUGGAGUCAUUGUUUCGGGAACUUUGUAUUUCAUUGGAAGUAGAUGACUUGAAGAAAAUCAGUAAUUCCCUGUCAGUCCUACUUAGUGAAAAACAGAAACAAGAAAAACAAAACAAAGGAAAAAAGAAGAAGAAGGUGGUCUUAGCUGGAGGUUUGAAAGCACAGCUCAAAGAUGACCUUGACUAUGCAGCGUUUGAUGGAGGCUACGCCCAAGACUAUGAGGACUUCAUGUGACACUGGCUUCAUCACUACUGCCCUUUCCCCUUCUCCCGACUGUCAGAAAUGCAGCUGUACCUUCUCAUGCUGUCCAGUGCCAUCCUGGAAAAUCUGAACUGUGUCUUGCCCCCUUCAUUUUGCUUCAGUGACCAGAGGGACUAUACCAGGGAGCAUCCAGUCUCACCACCCACGGUUUUUUUCUUCUUCUUUUCUCCUUCCAUACAAAUGGAAUUGCCUUUUCUCUCUCAUUCAGCCUCAACUCACAAACAAAUCACGCGGAAUCUGUUGCUCGACCCAGCUACAACGGAGAAUACUACCAUAACUGCUGUUGUCUGAGUUUUGCAGGGCUUGUUUUUUUUUUUUUGUUUCUUUUUAAAUUAAAUGUUGCUCCUGUCAAAAUGUCAGAUACAGUAUUGCAGUUAUAAGUCUAGUGACAUAGAAACACAUGGUUCUAUGCAAAUCCUUUAACCAGAAUGUCAUGUAUAUAUUAUAGGUCUCACUUACCUGUGGAUGGUUUUCUUACAGGCAAGUGUAUAUAGUAUCUAUAACUUCAGUUGCCAAAUGCAGACAAUUAUUCAGUCCAUUAUUCAUCUUUAUUUCUGGAAAGAUUGCAUUGUGGGAGACUGACGCAACAUGAACGUAGUAGUUGUAAGCUUGCAGAGAGCACACAACAUUCACUGUAAGAUAAAAGGGAUAGAGAAGUAUAAUAAAUGUGACUUUAAAACCUCACAGCCAUUCUCUUGAUAUCUCUGGAAUAUCCUUGAAAAUAUGGAGCAAACAGUACUUAGUUUCUUUUGGUUUUUUUGUGCAUGACAGAAAAUUACUAAUUGAUUUCUACUAAUGCAAAAAAGUAUGGAUCAGGCAAGUGGAUUAACUUGCUACAACUGGUCUCCUAAUUGUUGCUUCUGCAGGCUUGUAUCAAGUGUGAUGAGGAGCGGGGGCUUAUGGGCUUCACCCCACCAUGUCUUCAUAUGGGCUACAGUUGGCUGAAAGGAGUUUUUCUCCUGUCUUUUUUUUUUUUUUUUUUUUUUUUUUUAAGCAGUUGACCAGUUUAAAUGUUACAUGGACAAUUGGAUACAUACAAUGUGGAAGAUACAGCAUCUGCAGUGUUUUAUAAGCAUCUAAUUUAAUAAAUCACUGGUCAAAAAGA